ACCAUAGGAAGUACAACUAUGAAUAUGUUUAAGUUCUUUCAGAUUAUCAAAAGAAAUCAGGUGCUAAAGUUGCAUAUUUGUCUAAGAUUGAAGGAUAUGUAAGUCUGUUCAAGACAAGCAACGAUCUAAUGGCUUCCUUCCGCAUACCACCCAAAGAACUUCUCAGAUUUUCGCAUAGGGUUCCGUCAUAUAAAAUGAUUGGUAAAGAAGGAGAAGAUAUUCCUAAAGUCUCUUUCGAACUUGAUCCUGCUUCCGUUUCUGGUACCAUCGAACGGACUUCCAAUCCCGGAAAUCUAGAAGCCAGGGUAGAGGCAAAUGUUGCUAAAGUGACUGUUUCUUCUAAAGCUCCAGCAGAGGAGAUACUCCAUAAACAAAAGAAGAGAAACAAGCCUGAAGAGAGAAACACUAUGGACAGUGGAGGGAAUUCAAAAUGUAGUAACAGGUCUCAAAGGUUAGCAAAUGUUAAUAAGAAGACUCGGACUGUGGAAACCUCUACUUGUCUUUUGGAUAAGAAUAAGAAGACCACUGUUGUCUCGGACAAGCAGAAAAGUUGUGAUGACUCCACUUUUGUUCGAGAAAGGGUAUUUACAUGUCAUGCUGCUGCUGAUAGUAAGGAGAUGGGUCCAGAUGGUAUGAGUACUAUUCCCUCUUCACUUGCUCAUUUGGAGGCGAACACAGGAUUUUAUGACUUUGACAGUGAGCGUUCCCAUGAAAAGUUCAAAACUGGUCAAAUAUGGGCUCUGUAUUGCGACUUGGAUGUCUUGCCCAAGUACUAUGGUAAGAUAAAGAAUGUUGAAUUGUUCCCUGUUUUCAAGUUGCAUAUUCAGUGGCUUGAAUCUUGCAGUUCACCAAAAGGUGUUAUCCCAUUGGUUGACAGGAGUAUGCCCGUAUGUUGUGGAACAUUCAAGGUCACACGUGAAAAUGAAGUCUAUGAUGAUUUGGGUUGUUUUUCUCAUCAGUUAAGUUGCGUACCAGCUGGACGCAAUUUGUACAAUAUUUAUCCAAGGAAAGGGGAAGUAUGGGCAUUAUACAAUAACUUUAGCUCUGAGUGGAGAUAUUCUGAUUUGAAGUAUUGUGGGUAUUACAUAGUUGAAGUCAUAGAGGUUAUCGAUGCUUGUUGGAUACAAGUGUUGGUUUUGCAAAAUGUUACUGGUCUUAAAACCGUAUUUCAAGCUAAAAAAGAAGUGGGAGGAUUUUUUUUCAUGAGGAUACCCUGGACUGAAUUGUGCAGAUUCUCUCAUCAGGUUCCGUCUUUUAAGUUGGCAGAAGCAAAACAUGGGAAUCUAUAUGGCUGCUGGGCGCUCGAUCCUAAAUCAAUGCCUGUUUAUGUAUAUUCCAACUGA